AAGCAACUUCCUUAUAGGACAUAUCCGGCAAAUUCAGGAUUUGCAUCGGUUAGUCCGGAAACAGCAACUGGCACAACGGUUGCUGUAGUGACAGUUAGCGAUCCGGACGAUGGUCAGAAUGCACGGGUUACAAUAACUGAUGGCAAUGAAGAAGAUUAUUUUCGACUGGAGAGUGGGAAAAAUUUUGCAAUUUUGCGAUUAAAUCGAUUAGUGGCUGAUAAGCCGAUUGAGCGAUUUUUGCUCAAAUUUCGCGCUGUCGACGACGGAUCACCGGCACGGUUUUCCGAGCGCGAUUUGAAGAUUUUUGUCCUGAAUUUGAACGAUACUGCACCGCUGCUAGAAAGUGAACUGAUCGAAGGAAGCAUAUAUGAAAACUCAAUUGCUGGAUCAUUUGUGGCCGCUGUGCGAGCUGUCCAUCAUCGGAAUUUACAUUUUUCUGCAAUUGAUGAUGAUGAGGGCGCUGAAUUGUUUGAUGUCAGCCAAAAUACAGGUAGUUCUUUUUCGUCGAAAAUAUCUUUCUCUUUCAAAUAUGCAUACCAAAAAUACCAGGGCCAUUAGGA